UUCGUUACUGUUUGCUUAUUAUAAUUAGGAUUUUAAAUUACCAUUUUGUAAGACGUAAAUCCAAGCAUAUUUUCCACAAAAGGAAUUCUUGUUGGUUGGAAAGCACAGCUGUUCAUCGCGCUUCGUCGCCAUUGUUAUUUUCUGUCUCUUUUUAGAUCGCGUCCUCGCAGCUCCCCUCUCCCCUCGUUUCAACCAGUUUCGCUCGAUUUUCGUGACGUGUGGACGUCUGUACGCGGCGUGACUUUAUUUUCACGGUGUCAUCCUUUGUCCAGGAAGAAGCAAACUCUACAAUAACUCGUAACAACUACAGAAACUCCCCGCCCAAUCGUGAAAUAACUGGUGUAAUCUACAGGUGUUCUAACGUUCCGUGUGUUGUUUAGUGAUUCCCGCAUAGUCAAUCGAGCAUGAAUAAUAAAGAAGUAACCGGUGAUAUUGUCGUGUGUCCACUGGGAGGCGAAGGCUGGUGAUCAGGCGCAGUGUUGAGGCCGUAAGAUUCACCGUGUGAUGAGUCUGCGGUGACGGCUCGCCGCUGAGCGGUUGGAUGGCGGCUGUAAGCGGCCCCGCGCGGCACUCUCGCGUCUCCAUGAGUGUGUCCAUGUCGCUGAUGCAGGGCGGUACGCAGAGCGCGCCGCAGGGCGCCAUCCUGGCGGCAGCGGCGCCCUACUAUCAGACGCCGGCCAUCCCGACAGACGUGCAACCCGACCGCCCUAUCGGCUAUGGCGCCUUCGGUGUUGUAUGGGCGGUGACGGACCCUCGUGAUGGCCGGCGCGUGGCACUAAAGAAACUGCCCAAUGUAUUCCAGUCGCUCGUCUCCUCAAAACGCGUCUUCCGAGAGCUCAAGAUGCUCUGCUUCUUCAAACACGAAAACGUCUUAUCGGCGUUAGACAUCCUACAGCCGCCUAGCCUCGACUUCUUCCAGGAAAUUUACGUGAUCACAGAACUGCUACAGAGCGACCUGCACAAGAUUAUCGUGUCACCGCAACACCUGUCCGCCGACCACAUCAAAGUCUUCCUUUAUCAGAUAUUAAGAGGUCUAAAGUACCUGCAUUCAGCACGUAUUCUUCACCGAGACAUCAAACCUGGAAACUUAUUGGUGAACAGUAAUUGCGUGCUGAAAAUAUGCGACUUCGGGCUGGCGAGGGUCGAGGAACCAGAUGCCAGCAAAAAUAUGACACAAGAAGUUGUUACACAAUAUUACAGAGCACCGGAGAUCCUGAUGGGCGCGAACCAUUACACAGCGGCGGUGGACGUCUGGUCCGUCGGCUGUAUAUUCGGGGAGCUGCUCGGCAGGAGGAUCCUGUUCCAAGCCCAGAGCCCUGUACAACAGCUGGAGUUAAUCACGGAGCUGCUCGGCACGCCGUCCCUGGAGGACAUGCGGCACGCGUGCGCGGGUGCGCGCGCCCACAUGUUGCGGCGCGCGCCGCGCCCGCCCGCGCUCGCCGCGCUCUACACGCUCUCCGUGCAGGCCACGCACGAGGCCGUGCAUCUACUCGCACAGAUGCUAGUAUUCGACCCGAUGAAGCGUAUAUCGGUGGUUGACGCCCUGGCGCACCCGUACCUGGAGGAGGGCCGGCUCCGCUACCACUCGUGUAUGUGCAAGUGCUGCUACAGCGCGCCGCCGGCCGCGCGGCACUACUCGCCCGACCUGGAGCCCGCCGCGCCGCACGCCUUCCACGACGCCUGGGAGCGCAAGCUCACCUCCGUGCACCAGGUCAAAGAGGAGAUACACAAGUUCAUAGCAGAACAGCUGCAAACGUCGAGGGUCCCGCUCUGCAUCAACCCGCAGUCCGCGGCGUUCAAGAGCUUCGCAAGCUCCACAGUGGCGCACGCGUCCGAGCUCCCCCUCGCCGCAUCACUGGGAAUGACACAAGCGACGCGGUCUCAACCAUCUACUAUAGCAAAACUCGACUCUAAUCACAACGCAAUAACGUCGACUAUGGAUCAACAAUCGGCGAUCGACCUCAUUCGGGCGAUUCUACACCCUAACACCGCAGCGCUAGGUCGCUUCUCGACUGUCACCGUCAACGUCAAAACGACUUAACUCAUAUGGUCGUCAGAAGCGAUAUUUGAUUUUAAAAACCACUAUGUAAAGUCGAUUUUAGACUGCAAUGAUGGUGAACUCGUAUGAUUGUUCCACAAGCCAAGGUUCAAUGACCUUUAUCACACAAGUAUGCAUAAGUUUUGGUUUUUAAAACGUAAUCCGCUUUAAAUAUACAUUGUAAUUAGGUAAUAGGUAAUUGAAUAUAUGACAUAAUGAUGAUUUGGUAUAAAAUGAAUUGUUUUAAAAUCUAAAUACUGUGUACUGAGUAUCUGUUGCAAAUUAUUCUUGGCGAAUAUACGAAAUUGAUGUAUCCAAUCAACAUACGAGUUCGCCAGAACAGUUAAAUGUAAACUGGGAUUUGAACUCUAGACAUGAACACAAACUGUACAGUCAAUAAUCCACCUUUAUUCUUUAGAAACAGAGUUCAAAUGCCAGUAGCAGUCUACAUGUCACGUAAAUCGUUCCCAAAAAUGUUAUUUUGCUUUUAUUUUGACUUUAAAAAAAAAUUGAAUUGUAUAAAUACCGCACCAUACCUCAUUGCUGUAACUAGGACGCGUUAAAACUUACAAACAUUGUAUUAUUAAUACAUAAUUAUUAUGUAUGUAAAAUUUGUGGACACUUCCAUAGAUAAUGCUAUUGGGUAGACUCUAGGAACGCGAAAUAAUUAGUUGUAUAGAAAAUAUGGACAACCAAGUGACAAAACGGGCUUUAUAUUCUACAAUAAGGUAGGUUGCCUACCGAUUUUAGUAAAAAAUAUAGUAUUUUAUAGAAACCUGUCAUCUACCCAAUUGGAAAACGUGCAUUUGAAUGGGGGCUACCGAUGGCGCUAAUCUAGUUAGAAAAACAGUCUAUCCAAUCACCAUAGCUGUCAAAAAUUGAACGACCAAUGGAGUGACACUAAAUAAUUCUCUAUUGGUCGAAAGGAAGCGUCAUAAGGUGAGCAAAAAAAACGGUAGUCCCUUUGACCGCGAGCGCGCAGUUGUUGGGUAAAAUAAUGCGACGCGAUGUCACUACGUAAUACUUAGGUCAUCUGAUGUGUGUAGCCAGUAGAGCCAUGUGUGUAGACUAGUGUACGGAGCUGGUGAACUGGCAAUAUGGAAGAUAUAGACAAGGGAAAGGAUAAUGUUGUUCGCAACACUAUUUUAUACAACGAAACGUGUCGCCCUAGCGACAGAACGUAGAUAGGAAAGAGGAGAAAUGUAUAAAGAGACAAAUUGAUGGCAAGGAGUGGAAAAUGAUGGGAGGCAGGCAGGUCAACGACCCCCGCCUCGGACAGUAUAUACAGUAAAGAGUCGCUUCGCGUAGUACUAGGUUAUGUUUCAUUGAACUCCGCGAUUCCAUGUAAUUGUAAGUGUGACGUAGUGUCAAUGUGUGCCUGAUUGUGUUUCUACGGACGUUGCAAGUUGCGAGCAAUAAAUGUUGCAAUACUAUAUAACGCGUUACGACAUUUAAUUUUAUAUUACUAUCGAUUGAUUUAUUCUAUGUGUUUCUUUUAAUCUCCUUUGUAGGCCGUCUACGCACGACAGUUUCAUACUUAAUUCAGAUUUCAGUUGUGUGCCAACAAGAAUCUCUUUCAAACUAUCGUGUGUAGCCGACCUAUUGUGUAUACUAAGCUUAAUCCUAAACACCAUUGUAUGUAACAUCGACUGAACAUUUUUACGUAGUUAGGUUAGAAUAGUGAUAGAUAUUAUAUUACAACUAAUUUACUCGGCGUUUAUAAAUAAUACAAUAAAAAUAUAAUGUACGAAUGAGGUUCACAUACUAUCAUUGCAGUAGUGAGAUAUUUUAUAGCAGUGUUUGUAAAUGUAUUUCAAGCAUUUAAUAGAUAUAUUAGAGGUUUGACAUUAUUGUACUGAAUUGAAUGUGUUAGUGUGCGUGAAUAUUACGUCGUUUUUGUCUAAUUAUUGGCAUUGGUAACCUUAAAUGUGUACUACAAGUGGAAGUGUAACCAUACAUUGUCAUCACACGAAGGAAAACACUAUAAUUAGUCUAAAACAACUCUUAACACACAGGCAAUAAAACACAAUUUGUCUUAAUACAACGUAUGAGUACACUUCUACCUCGUAUCAUUCAAAAUUGAUGUUUCCAUUUAAGUUGUAAGUAUGUAUGUACUAUGUAGUUGUACUACAAUCACGCUGCUAACAUAUAUAGCAUAGACAGACUUCGUGUGAAUGUCGCCAGACGUCGUAGCCUUAUAACUAGUUCAAAACUAUAUAAAAGAUAAAACAAAAAAACUUUGUAAAUAAAUGCAUAGUAUUAAUGUUAGGCUAGUUUGGUAUGGGAUGUAUUCCGAUGUAGCAAGCCCACAACUAGUAGGUUUGUCUUACAGACCGCUGCACGACAUAUACACGAUUAUUUUCAACAAAAGUUUUAAAAUCAGUCACAUACGUAUCAAAUUAGUAAAUCAAUGCUGUUUCUGUAAUAUCAAAUUAGCUAUUUGGACAGAUUAAUAAAAAGUUUAAUUCUAGUUGUAGCCAUAUCGAGCAGCGGUUUGAAUAAGACCUCGAUGGUACAAAGGAGGUGCUUGCAAUUGCAGGUUUUAGCUGCCACACACACUAUGAACUGUAUUUGGGUUUAUGGAACUUGUAAAAAAAAUUAACUGAAUCUUUGUAUUGCCCCCUUGUGAUGUGUCAAAAUUAUAAUGUGGAAUAUCUAUUAUGAAAAUCUGUCCUGUCGUUCUCGGGUCAAAUGAAUAAUAAAGUUGUAUUGUCGGCUUAGUGUGUGGCAGCUAGAACCUCGCUCGAGCCUCGACGGACCCACCUUGCCUUAUCUCAGAUAACUGUCACUGUGAUCCGUUUACGCGUAGUUUUUGGAGCCCCGCACCCCUCACCCCGCACUAUGUGUACUGUACAUACGAGUGGUCGUUAGCUAAUUAUCAUCAUUGGUUUAUUAGAAAUUUGCUUAAUUAUAUAACUGCUGUAUAGGUAUAUGUGUCCUCCGGUCUAGUUGAUUGUAUAUAAAUAAGGUUAAUAAGUAGGUGAAUAUUGUCUCAGUAGUUGCGGAGUGGAUGAAAUUGUAUCACUCACUGUAAAUGGAAAAUUGAUGUGGAAAUUUAGUAUUUGAUUAAUGAAAUCUGAGGAGAUAGUGUGUGCACAUUUGAUCCACAAUCUGCGACUUGUGGCCGUGACGGAGGACGUGGUCGUGGUCGUGCGACGGACAGUAUUGCGGCGCCUAAACGAACACGCUUCUUAUUUUAUGUAAUUGUACGUAUUGCGUUUCCAGACUUUCAGAGAUCUCGUAUUAUUUUAAGUUUUAAGUACACGACUGUUCAUUUACACAAGUGAUCUUUAGUUGGUAGGACAACACGUUUGUAUUCUUCUUUGUACCCUGCGGCCAGUCAGCCAAGGCUUUCUCUUAAUUUUAGUGAUCGCACACUCGAAUGCGCCCGCGCACGCGGACGUCUUCGCAAUAUCUUUACGUUUCGUGUAAAUACUAGUGGUAAAGCGGUAAGACUUAGUUUUCGUGUUAACAUUAGAUCGCGUCAUUCUUAGUUUGUGUUCAAUAAUCCCACAUUAAUUUUGUAUUAUAAUAAUUUCCACAAUAUAUAAAAAAGUAAAAAAAAAAAAUACAAAAUAUGAAAAUGAUUUGUAUCCUUCGUUUUAUGAUUAUGACAUUUGAUUUAAUUACUAUUAUUACCAGUCGUAAUGUAAAUAGUACUUUGUGCACUGAUAGUCUCGUUUAAGUUAACUUUAGAUUUAAUGAAAUGGCUGUAUUGAUUCUCUUUAUGUAUAGCCCAAACAACGUUCACUAUAAGACUUAGUAGAAAUGUUUCCUUUGCGGUAUUGUCCCUUAACAAUGUGUAAUGUAUAGUUAUGGUUUUAGUUAACAUUUAGUAUUGUGAUUUAGUUUGUUUAUUCAGCGACCCAGAGACAAUGUAAAUGUAAAUAUAUGAUACGUGUUUCUGUCCUGUAUGGAGUUAGUUGCAUUUUACCAUUGUUGCGAACUGCCAAAACUAUUGUAAUAAUUUUGUAGCGUCGUACGUCACUGAGCACAUCGUACACACCGUCGAAUGAGAGCGAUGGAAAUUUUGAUCCAAGUACUUUCAUUUUACGUAAUUAUUAUUAUUGUACUUUAGUAAUUUGUGUUUUGUAUUUGCUCAAAUUGCUAUAAAUAUCGCCUGUUAAUGUAAAUCAGAAUUUCUGUCAGUUCUAUGUUCUGUUUAGUACAGUAUUUGUAUUUCGUAUGUAAUUAGAAUGUGAUGCUCUGUGGUGAGUGGCGUACGCGCUGGUAGUGAGCCGGGGUAGCGACGGACGCCCGGCUCGCGACACUGUAACAAUAAACUACUGCAUAAUUAUG